GGUCCACGUGCUCCCAUGGCGCCGUGGCUGCUGCUCCCCUCCUUCCCAUGGCCUCCCCCUCCCCCUCCAGGCUCCUCCUCCGGCCGCGGCGGCGGAGGCGGCGGCGGUGAUGGCGGAGAUUGGAAGCCGAACGUCGUCGCAGCCGUCGCCGGCGUCCACCUCGGCCGUUCCCUCCGCCGUCGCCUCGCCGGCCUCCUCCUCCGCUCGCCGGAGGUGCGACAUCUUGAGGUCUUGCCGAAAAUAGGCGACAUUUGGUUUGGGGGAUCCCAGCCAGUGGACACACAGCAGGUUCUUGGGGCGCUGGGAAACAUGUUAUCCGCUUCGUUUGUCGGCAGUUCUGCUUUCUUCGGUGGGAGCAGAUCAGGAGGGAGAUACAUCGGUAACGGAAAUCUGCAGCCGAGACGGCCCCGUGGAAUCAAUUCGAAGAAGAGGCUCUGGACCAAUGUUCUUCUUGCUGUUAAUAUUCUGGCUUAUAUCGCUCAGAUAGCAUCACAAGGGAAGCUUCUUAUGUGGGGAGCAAAGGUCAACAGCCUGAUUAAUAGAGGGGAAUUCUGGCGUUUGGGUACAUCAGCUCUUCUUCAUGGAAAUCUUACUCAUCUUGCUUUCAACUGUUUUUCUUUGAAUUCCAUUGGCCCUGCGGUGGAGCUCGUUACUGGCCCUAGAAGAUUUCUUGCUGUUUAUUUCACUUCCGCGGUGGCAGGUUCACUAAUGAGCUACUUUUAUUGCCAAUCACCUUCUGUUGGUGCGUCAGGGGCCAUUUUUGGAUUGGUUGGUGCCUAUGCUGUUUAUACGUGGAGGCACAGAAAGCUUUUGGGGCAUGGGAAGGAAAGUUUAGAGCAAAUAGCACGCGUGGUUGUCUUAAAUAUGGGUAUGGGUCUCCUUUCAAGGGGCAUCGACAACUGGGGUCAUUUGGGAGGCUUGCUUGGGGGAGUAGCCACGGCAUGGUUUCUUGGUCCAGAUUGGCAAUAUCAGUACGUAGCAAAGGAUGGAAGAGUGGUAUUCAAAGACAGGGCGCCCAUUCCCCAGCUGUUGAACAGUAAAAGAUCCCAGUAGCAGCAUGUAAAUAAAAAGGUGUUCCUAUUUUCCUGUGUAUAAAUAGCUGAAAAUGGAGGAGAGAAAACCUCAGGGAAAGAAAGAUGUAGCGAGCCGAAGCGGUGGCUGCAAACCAUGACUGAUAUCCAGCUUGGAAGAAGAAAUUGUCAACCAUAUAUGGCCUGCUUCUGAGCUAACUUGAGGAGAUUACUGGUUCUUGUUUUUGGAGGCUUUGGUGCCUCUGACUUCACUUGGAGCUAAUUGUUGUUUCUGGAUCACUUGCAAGUUAUGUUAAAACUGUGACAUAUUUACGAUCAGUUGAUACUCUAUAGUCACCAGCAAUCGUAUUUUUUUAACAUGUUUUAUCAGGAAUUACUAGCGCCUGAUUGGCAUGAAUUUUGUGUAAAUGAAUUCAUGAUUGAUACGUGUAUCUGGGCCAAAGCAAAUGCGGCCCUGAUAAUUGAUCAUUCUUGUAUGUUGUA